AUUGUUUUCCUCGUUCACCGGUUUUCGCCGCCGGUGAAACACGAACUCAUGUCUUUGAUUUCGAAUCCAGACUGAAGUGAUGGCAACAACAACAUUCAAACCAAAGUUUUGGCGCCCUGGAGAUGAAGAUCCGAGAUCUGUCCUCCAAGAGGAACGAGUCUAUGAAAGUGGAGAGCAAUAUGCCGUCUAUAAUCCUUAUUUAUCGAUGACAAUUCAACAACAGAGACAAAAGCUUCCCGUUUUCGCUUUGCGAACUCACAUUCUUUAUUUGGUGGAAACGUAUCCUGUUGUUGUUAUCGUCGGUCACACUGGUUGUGGUAAAAGUACCCAGGUACCACAGUACCUGCUCGAGGCUGGAUGGGCUGGACAACGUUACAAGAUCGCUGUUUGUCAACCGAGGCGGGUGGCCGCAGUCACUUUGGCCAAAAGGGUCUCAGAAGAACGAGGAACAAUGCUCGGGGACGAGAUUGGUUUCCAUGUUAGAUUUGAUCAGUGUUAUGAUGCUGAGACGACAAGCAUCAUCUUCCUGACUGACGGAAUGCUGAUUCGAGAGAUUUUCUCUGACCCUCUGCUCACAAAGUACAGUGUGAUUAUGGUAGACGAAGCUCAUGAACGUACUCAACACACAGACAUCCUAAUUGGACUGCUGAAGAAGAUUUUAGCUCGACGCAAAGAUCUUCGUGUCAUCAUUGCUUCUGCGACACUUGAUGCUGCUGAAGUUAAAAACUUCUUCAAUACCAAUUUAACAGAUAAUCCCAAGUUGGACACUGCAACAAUUCUUAGUAUUGAAGGACGAGGUUACCCCGUGGACAUCCACUAUGCCAUUGAUCCCCUGCCAAAUUACGUCCAGGCAACUGUAGAGACAAUCCUAAAGAUUCACCAUAAUGAGGUCCCUGGGGACAUUUUGGCUUUCCUCACGGGUCAAGAUGAAGUUGAAACUGUUGUCCGUCAAUUGAUACAAGAAGCUAGAAGACUGGGCCAAGAUGUCAAGAUGAAAAUGAAAGUAUUACGAAUGUAUGGAAGCCUACCAGCAUCAGAACAGCUGAAGGUCUUUGACAGAACAGCAAAAACCACACGGAAAAUUGUGGUUGCUACAAAUAUUGCUGAGACUUCUGUCACAAUUCAUGGCAUCGUUUUCGUUGUGGAUUGUGGUUUUGUGAAAAUGCGUGCUUAUAACGCAGAAACUGGUGUUGAAAGUUUAAUCACUGUACCAAUAUCUCAAGCAUCUGCAGACCAAAGGGCUGGCCGGGCUGGCCGUGUCCGCCACGGGAAAACAUUCCGACUCUACCCAGAAUCAGAGUACAAUAAGCUGUCAGCAGCAACAGUUCCGGAAAUCCAACGCAGUGAACUUUCCCCUGUUAUAUUACAGUUAAAGGCCCUGGGUGUGAAAAAUGUGCUUCGGUUCAGUUUUCUCUCUGCUCCGCCUGCAAUAAAUAUGUUGCACAGCUUCGAGCUGCUCUUUGCACUUUCAGCCCUGGAUGAAGACGGGGAUUUAACAACACCUCUUGGUAUGAACAUGGUGGAAUUUCCUCUCUCACCAAUGUUUGCAAAAAUGCUCUUAACAGCUGCUGACUUUGAAUGCACAGAAGAAGCAUUAACGAUUGCAUCUCUGAUGCAGAUUGAAAAUGUUUUUGUGUCUCCGGGUAACGAGAAGAAAGCCGCAGAACGAGCGAAAACGAAAUUCAGCGUCCACGAAGGGGACCACAUCACUAUGGUCAACGUUUACAAUGCUUUCCUUGAACACAACAAAAGCAGCCAAUGGUGUGCAGAGAAUUAUCUAAACUUGAAGGGACUGAAUCGGGCUUGCAACAUACGCGACCAACUGAAACAGAUGUUAAGAAAGUUCAAAGUUCAGCUGGUGUCGUGUGGUAAUAACACGGAAUCGUUGCAGCGAUGCAUAACAGCAGCUUUCUUUGCAAAUGCUGCUCGUUUGCAUUAUGACGGCACUUAUCGCACAAUUCGAAACAACCAUUGUUUACACAUCCACCCGACGUCCGUCCUUUAUACAGACACCCCACCUAAGUGGGUGGUGUUUAAUGAAGUCAUACAAACGAACAAGGACUAUAUGCGAGAUAUCACAACAAUUCAACCAGGGUGGCUCUGUGAAUUGGCCCCACAGUUCUUUCAGUUUGGUACAGAAUCAGAAAUUGCCAAAAAAAGGGCCAAAUUUACUUGAAAUAUUUUCCCAUGAACCAAGACUGUUUUGUUUGUUUAGAUUUAUGUAAAGUGUUUGUUUCCCUUAAGCAAGUGGUUAACAACUUCACUUUGCAAUUACAGGCUUCUGGGUUCAAUCCUCCUGUGAGGUACCUCAGGGAAGUGUCUUCUCGACUCAAGCCCUCUCAGUGAAAUUCUAUUGACAGAAGGUGCAUGUGUCAGAUGCCCUGUGCCACUCCAACAACAGUAUACUCAGCCACAUCACCUGCUGCCCAUUUACUACCUUUUCCAGGGUCUCUUCCGUUGUAAAUACUAACAGCAAAACUUUGCUGUCCUUCUUGCACUGCACUCACACUCAGAAACAAACGUCUCGGGGGCUGCUCUUUCUCCUAGCUCUAAACCAUGUGUGUGUGCGUGUGUAGAUUUAUAUAUGUAUGUAUUCACACUUUAUACAUAUUUGGUUAUGUGUGUGUAUGUUCACGCAUUAUACAUCCAUGUAUCAGUAGAAUACAUAUAUAUUUCAA